UGGUGCGGAGAAGAUCGUCAUAUCAUUCUGCUUUGAAUUAAUUAAAGAAAAAAAAAAAAAUUCUUAUUGUUCACUUAAAAGAGCCGGCUCUUUGAACCGGCUCGUUCGUGACCGACACAUCACUACUGCUGUAGUGUAGUGUGGGAGCAUCGGUUUGCCACGCCGGUUAUAGGAAAGCUGUACAACUCUUCUUUAAGGUUUAGCUGUAAAUUUAGUGAUUUCAGGAGUUAGUUUACAUGCCGAAUUACAGAUAAAACCGAGGAGCUGAAUGUUAAUGACAAGUAAACUGGAAAAGUGAAAGCAUGGCGUUGUAGUGAAGGCUAAAAGGCUAAAUGCCACUAAUUAGCAGUGAAAUACGUCUCCACGUUAGGAGCUAACAUUUAACAGUCCCAUAGUACAGAGGAGGAGGAGGAGGUUUGCAGCCAUGGCAGGAAAGGGUCGAGGAAUAGGUGCUUUCACCUUCAACAUCGAGGCUCUGGGCAUCGGCAGGGGCAGCAUGCCAGACGCCAGGGUGGGGCCCACUCCGCUGUUUCCAAACACAGACUUUAAGCCGGUGCCAUUGAAAGCUGGCGAGGACGAGAACUACAUGCUGGCCUUAAAACAGGAGAUGAGGGGUACGAUGCAACGGCUACCACACAACAUCAAGGCUCAGUCCAAUAAAGCAGAAGUGGAGAGAUACACAGAGAGAUAUCUGAAGCUGAGACAGAUGGAGGAUGACGUUUGGACGCCAGACUGGAACCUCCUCCCAAAAGAAUUGAUGCCCCAAAAGAAAAAACCUCGUGCUAAACCAGCCACAAAGAAACCUGUGAAGCUAUCACGCAAAGAAACAGAGGAUAUGCUGAAUAAAUUAGACGAACUGGCAAAGAAAGAUGACGGGAACCCCGAAAAAUCUGAUGAUGAGACUGAAAAGAAAAAGGAGAAAGAGGACGAGGAAGAACUCGAAGCGGAAGAAUAUCAAGAAGAGGAUGUUGAAGAGGAAAACGACUACAUUGACAACUAUUUUGACAAUGGCGAAGAUUUUGGUGCGGAGAGUGAUGAGAAUAUCGAUGGUGAAACAUACUGAAAUUUGUUGAAGUAAAUCAAGCAAUUGCUUCUAUUGGUUAAAUGUUGUAGAUAUGUUGAGAAUACUGUUAAGCAGAGUGAUAGUUUUGUUUGCUUUAUUUUGUGCUAUCUUGAGAGGCAAGCUUUUUCUUUAAAGACUUCUGUAAAUAAGAAAUGCCAAACUACGUGCACACACUGGCAAUAAUUUAUUCAAAAUAGAUGUAUUUAUUUUCCAGCAUGUGGCACAUUUCCACAGGUUGAAAGGCACAUACUGUCAACAACAUGUAAAUGCUUUUUCAUAAAGUAUCAAGUGAACACGGUGAUAAAAUAAAAGGGCUAUAAUAUAA